AUGAAGAGUUAUGACGAGGAACCAGUUCAAGGGCGGAUGCGAUCAUGUGGUCCUCCGCAAAUACUUGGGGUGGAGACACCUCCUUGGAGCCAUCCCCUGCUUAGCCAUCUCCCGCCGAUGUUCCAUCCCAGCCCAUCAGGUAAGUGCGGAGAACAGACUUAUCGUAGCAACUUAAGAUCACACACACUAAUGUUCUCGUUCUAGUGAAUCUUAUUGUAUACAUGGCUCCUUAACUCUCAAUACGAUGCGAUCACCAGUCCAGAGUAAAAUGCAGUUUAAUUAAAAACUUGGUGUUCAACGCAAUGGAGAAAUGUCAGGUGCAACAAAAUGCAGAGCAAUGCAAAGAAAAGCUCUCCAGCUUAGCUCGAAUGGAGGGACACAGCUAAAUUCGAACUCAGCGGAAUAUGAAGCUUCUCCGGUUUCUCUAAUUUCAUUUCACAGCGGAAUACGAAGGUAUGACAAUACAUCACACAUAUGCACAACAUGCAACGAAAAUCCAUGACACACGAUUUAACAGACUGCAAGGAAAUUGAGCACAGUCAAACGCAAAGCAAAGCAACUUACGUGAUUUUUUGUCAUUAAUAACUAGAAAGAGUGUUUUAUUUUUUUUAUAGGGAGACACUGUAGGAUGGAAACACCAAGGGUGCGGUCUCCUGCCUCCAACACCCGGUCAACUUACCCUUCGAUAAAUGUUCUGCCAGAUGCUACAUGGCCAAAUACCGACAGGGACCAAAGAAAUGUUGUACCUACGAUACCGAUUCCAAAUGUUUGUAAUCCCAUGAUGGCGCUUAGGGGAUGGUAUCUUGCCUCUUGUAGCUGGCCAGCACCCUUACCGAUGAACAUGAGGCCAAUGAACACAAUGUCGAUGAUUAUGAUGCCGAUGAACAUGAUGUCUCCAUAUCCUGGUUAUUCUGUGGGGCCGUCAUUAGGAGUAGCACCAUGCCAACGGCCUCUUGUCCUCAAUAACUGGCAGACUCCCACACCAAUUAACAUUGUGCCCAACAUAUGGCCAACUACCAACAUGGGUCACAUGGAUCAAGCAAACGGUGUACUUGCAGUGCAGAAUCCAAGUGCUGGCAAUCUUCUGAGGUCUACGCCAGGAGUUGCGCCACGGCCUCUGCCCUCUACUUCCAAUACCUGGCUAUCUCCUUCACCAAUGAACGUUGUACCCAACACAUGGCCAAAUGCCAUCAUGGAUUACACGGGCCAAGCAAACGGCAUACCUGCAUUGCAGAAUCCUACUGCUGGCAAUCUUAUGGGGCCUAUGCCAGGAAUGGCGCAUUGGCCACUUCCCUCUGUUUCCAAUACUUGGCCAACUCCUUUAUCAAUGAACGUUGUACCCAACACAUGGCCAAAUACCGAGAUUUCUUACACGGAUCAACGAAACUGUGUACCUGCGGCACAGAAUGCACACCCUAGUACUGCCAUAGGACCCCACGUACCAGUCUCGGUACAAGUUCAGCAUUUAUUGCCAUACCCGACAGGUUUGUAA